AUGCAACUCACCACCAUCCUCCCAAUCGUCCUAGCAGGCCUAGUCACCGCACGCCCCGCCGCCCUACAGUCCAAGACAAUCACGGACGACAUCAUCUGGAGCGUAUCCAACUUCACCGUGGGCUGUUCCCAAGGCGGCUGCGUCUACAGAUAUGAUAUUGUCGGCCGCGAGAACGAAAUGACCCCCAAGUUCCGCACCCACUGCAGCGGCAUCACAGGCCAGAAGCUCGACUGUGACGACAAGAAUAUCACAACCAUUGUUUCUCCUGCCGCAAACCCAGACUGGAAUGUCGAUGUCACCCACACCUGGAGAUCCCGGCUCAGUGACAAUACCCUCGCGACUUGGUUCCAGAAUGGCGCGAAGAAUGUUACCGUCCCUGACUACAACCCCAUUCAGUUUGUUAUGAGGCCUACUCAGGAGUACGGUAUUGCCUAA